CUGGCGGCCCAGUGCUCCGCCCGAAGGCGGGUCCGCCAUAAACAAACGGUGCUCGGUCGCACGUGGACUGCGGAGCAGCUGCGCCUCCCAACAGAUCGCGGACUCCGGAGCGGGGUCUUCAGGCACAGGGAGCAACCAGAGAGGGCAGGAGAGCGCGCCCAGGCCUGGGUCCGGCCCAGCCGUCUCGGUCUAGCUCCCCUCGGCUCGGGUCCGCUCCAUGGCUCCGCAGCCACCGCCGCCCCUGCCGCCCUCCAGAUCGGAGGGGCCUCGCGGCAGCGAGUGCCAACACCCAGUUAAGGACUAAACUGCACCACCGCCUCUUCGCUGGACCCUUAUACCCUAAGAAAAGCUGAGGCCGGGGAGACAGGAGGCAAGAAGAGUGAACAGGAAGCAGGGCUCGGGUCGCCGCGGAACAGUCCAGCUCUAGCCGCAGGCGGAGCGCGGGGCGGCGCAGCUGGUUUGCGCUGAGCUCUGGGCUGGCAACUGCGGAGAAGUUCCUCGGUGCCCAGGCCGGUCCGGCGCACCUGUCCGUGGCCGGCACCCGGGAUUCACCUGGCCCCCGGGUCCCCUUUCCCGGUCCCAGCUGCCGCAGCCUGAGCGGGACUCCGCGGGCCUGGAGCGCGGCCAGGUCUAAUAUGCCCAGAGCCGAGGCGCGAUGAAGGAGAAGUCCAAGAAUGCGGCCAAAACCAGGAGGGAGAAGGAAAAUGGCGAGUUUUAUGAGCUGGCCAAGCUGCUCCCGCUGCCAUCGGCCAUCACUUCGCAGCUGGACAAAGCGUCCAUCAUACGACUCACCACGAGCUACCUGAAGAUGCGCGCGGUCUUCCCUGAAGGUUUAGGAGAUGCAUGGGGACAGCCGAGUCGCACCGGGCCCCUGGACAGUGUCGCCAAGGAGCUGGGAUCGCACUUGCUGCAGACUUUGGAUGGAUUUGUUUUUGUGGUAGCAUCUGAUGGCAAAAUCAUGUAUAUAUCCGAGACGGCUUCUGUUCAUUUAGGUUUGUCCCAGGUGGAGCUCACGGGCAACAGUAUUUAUGAGUACAUCCAUCCAUCCGACCACGACGAGAUGACAGCUGUCCUCGCCGCCCACCCACCUCUUCACCAUCACCUGCUCCAAGAGUACGAGAUAGAGAGGUCCUUCUUCCUCCGAAUGAAGUGCGUCCUGGCAAAAAGAAACGCGGGCCUGACGUGCAGUGGAUACAAGGUCAUCCACUGCAGCGGCUACUUGAAGAUCAGGCAGUACAUGCUGGACAUGUCCCUGUACGACUCCUGUUACCAGAUCGUGGGGCUGGUGGCGGUGGGCCAGUCCCUGCCUCCCAGUGCCAUCACAGAGAUCAAGCUGCACAGUAACAUGUUCAUGUUCAGGGCCAGCCUCGAUCUGAAGCUGAUAUUCCUGGAUUCCAGGGUGACCGAGCUGACAGGCUAUGAGCCACAGGACCUGAUUGAGAAGACGCUGUACCACCACGUGCACGGCUGCGACGCAUUCCACCUCCGCUACGCGCACCACCUCCUGCUGGUGAAGGGCCAGGUGACCACCAAGUACUACCGGCUGCUGUCCAAGCUGGGCGGCUGGGUGUGGGUGCAGAGCUACGCCACCGUCGUGCACAACAGCCGCUCGUCCCGGCCCCACUGCAUCGUGAGUGUCAAUUAUGUCCUCACGGACGUCGAAUACAAGGAACUUCAGCUGUCACUGGACCAGGUUUCCACUUCUAAGUCCCAGGACUCCUGGAGGACCACCUUGUCUACCUCACAAGAAACUAGGAAAUUAGCUAAACCCAAAAACACAAAGAUGAAGACAAAGCUGAGGACAUACCCUUACCCCCCACAGCAAUACGACUCCUUCCAACUGGACAAACUGGAAUGUGGCCAGCUGGGAAGCUGGAGAGCCAGUCCCCCCGUAAAUGCCUCGGCUCCCCCAGAACAGCAGCUCCAUUCAGAAGGCAGUGACCUUCUGUACACGCCGUCCUACAGCCUGCCCUUCUCCUACCAUUACGGACACUUCCCUCUGGACUCGCAUGUCUUCAGCAGUAAAAAGCCAAUGUUGCCAGCCAAGUUCGGGCAGCCCCAGGGAUCCCCGUGUGAGGUGGCACGCUUUCUCCUGAGCACGCUGCCAGCCAGCGGCGAAUGCCAGUGGCAUUAUGCCAACCCCCUAGUGCCUAGCAACCCGUCUCCAGCUAAGAACCUUUCUGAACCGCCCACAAACGCUGCCCGGCACAGCCUCGUGCCAAACUAUGAAGCGCCCGCCGCCGCCGCCGCGCGCAGGUUCGGCGAGGACACCGCGCCCCCGCCGCCGCCGCCGAGCUUCCCGAGCUGCGGCCACUACCGGGAGGAGCCCGCGCUGGGCCCGGCCAAGGCCGCCCGCCAGGCCGCCCGCGACGGGACGCGGCUGGCGCUGGCCCGCGCGGCGCCCGAGUGCUGCGCGCCGCCGGCCCCCGAGCCCCCGGGCGCGCCCGCGCAGCUGCCCUUCGUGCUGCUCAACUACCACCGCGUGCUGGCCCGGCGCGGGCCGCUGGGGGGCGCCGCGCCCGCCGCGCCCGGCCUCGCCUGCGGCCCCGGAGCCCCCGAGGCGGCGGCCGGCGCGCUGCGGCCCCGGCACGCAGGCCCCAGCGCCGCCUCGCCGCCCGGCGCGCCCCGGCCGCACUACCUGGGCGCCUCGGUCAUCAUCACCAACGGCAGGUGACCCGCCGGGCUGGCUCCGCCCAGGCAGGGCGGCCGCAGGGAGAAGCCAUAGGCCAGGCCUUCUCUGGUUCCUAGUUCACAAAGUCCAGCGGAGGAGAGGGGCGAGCUGUGUAUGCACCAAUAAAUUAAUUUAUACAGAGACAACUAUUUUAAUAGAACGCAGCCGACCUUGAGGCGUGACCUAGCUGCCAUGUACCCCCGUGGAGAGGACCCGGAGCAGCCUGAGGUCGGCACACGGCCGCCCAUCCUUGUUCUCCAGGGGUCCAUCUUCAGACAGAGCCCAAGGUCGCGGCAUCCGACGUGUGACCUCAAGCUACCCGGCGCCGGGGUCUCGGUUUCCUCACCUUGAAAUCCAGCUUAAGGCAUCUAGCCCGGUCUCUGAUGCUCAAAAACAGGGGCUUUAAGGCAUUGCAACUCCAUAAAUACACUUUAAGGAGGGCGACCUCGCCCUGGCAGCUAGCAUGCAGGAAGAGGAAGCCUACCGAUUUCCGAGCCCUUUUUGAUUCUUAGGUACAGGAAGAAUGUGAUCAUUGUAAGUCCCAUGAAUAGACAACAACUCCACUGUCUUUAAAAGUCAUUCAUGAUUUAAAAAAAAUUUUUUUUUUUUUAGUCCUUUCUUCAAUACAAAACAAGCCAAGACCAAGGGGGUGAACAUGCAAGUCUGUUGUGUGUGGCCAUGGGUGUGCUUCCCAAGUACACGGUCAAGCUCUUACUCCCCCUUCCCUUUCCUUAUGAACUCUUGGUAACACCAGGAAUAGCACCUUCAGAAUAUAUUGAAUAGGCAUUAAAUGCAAAAAAGAAUAUAUAGCCAGAUAUUUUAUGAGAAUGACCUUGUCAAGCUUAAUUCCACGGCAAAGUCCCUCUGUCCCACACAGAUCUAUAAUUCACUAGGCUCGUGUUUGCUACAAGUAGUGCUAAUGAAGUUAGUUACAUUGCAUGUGCAAUAUGGAAAACUGUCAUGGACUGCACCUUGUGGAAGACAAACUUGCUUCAAGGGUGUAAUGAAAAUGAUGGACACAUUUUAAGCAUUUUCUGCAUUUUAUACAUAGCAAGAGCGCUUCAUAUGAAUGUGUCAUGUGUGUAACAGGUGAACAGAGACCCUUUUAUAAUGCACCAGCAGUGUUUUCAAAAUAAACUUCCAAUACUUUUGGUUUCACUCUUA